AGAAGAAAAAUAAGACGAAGAAGAAGAAAACGGCUCAAGGAGGAGCCGAAGAAGAAGAAGGGCCAGGCAGCAGAAACAAAAGAAGAAGAAUUAAACCUUCCCGGUUGUCGUGCCGCUUCGUCCGGCAGUGGCGGCGACUUACAAACUGUUUAGAAACCGGGUUAAGGCGCAGCGAGACCCGAGCGGCUAAAUCACUGAAUUUCACUUGAAGUUCAGCAACGUUUUCCAUGGCGUAGCUUUUAGUUGACACCCGGCGUUGAGUCGAGCUCAUCAUUGCAACGACAGGGCCCAGAGUGAUGGAGAUGGGCUCAGUGGUGCUGGAGGAUAUUGUAUUUCGAGGUGUGGAGUUCAAUGUAAAGAUUGAAGUGGAGAAGGGUUUGCUGAUUGUUGAGAUCUCUGACUCAAUGACAGCUGAUCAGUGGAGAGGGGAGUUUGAUCCAGCAUACAUUGAAGACCUCACCCGCAAAACUGGCAACUUCAAGCAGUUUCCCAUUUUUUGCAGCAUGUUGGAAUCUGCUGCCAAAAAGAUGAGCGAUUCUGUUACCCUUGACCUCCUGACCUAUGCUGACCUGGAGCUCCUUCGAAACAGAAAAGCAGGGGUUGUCAGUCGUCCUCGUGGCCAGCAGCAGUCAUCUGCUCUCAGUGCCAAACGAUAUCUUAUCCUCAUCUACACUGUGGAGUUUGACAGGAUACACUACCCCUUACCCCUGCCCUACCUGGGAAAGCCUGACCCAGCUGCUCUGCAGAGGGAAAUCAGAGCCCUGAGGACUGAGCUCAGUGCUCUCACCUCACAUGGAACUCACAAAGCAGCAGAGCUAGAAAUACAGCGGCUACGAGCAGAGCUGGCGCUGGUGAAAGAGGAGAAGGAGGCUAUGGCCAAGACUCUGGAGCGGCUUCAGAUUGGUGGAAGCAGUUCCACACCUGGAAGAGAGGAUUGGAGGUUCAGAGAUGUGGUGAGGACCCUGGAGGAGCAGCUUGUCAAGGAGAGGGCCAAAAGCCAACGUUCAGCAAGCAAGAGAGGCCAGGAACAGCGCCUCCUAGUGGAGCAGUUGGAGGAGCUCAGGGCGUCAGAGUGUGCCCUCCGGAUUCGUGUCAAGAGUCUCACAAAUGAACUGGCGUUACUACGGAGAGGGUUAGACAAUCUCAGCAUCCGAGUGACUCCAGUUCGGUCUGGUUACAUCGGGACACGGGGUGAUGGAGAAAUCUAUCGCUCACUCUCCCGUGAGAGGAGGUCUGGGUACGGGACAGUAAGAGCUCGCUCAGGAUCAAGAGAAAGGAUAGAAGACAGAGUGCAAAGGUCAGAGGAAAGAGGAAGAAGAGCAGACUCCUCAGGACCACGUGCUCGCAUCCCGAGGCCAUCACCCUCCCCCACCGGAUCGCGGGGACCACGCUUUGACCCCACUGCCUACAUCCAGGACAGACAGCGCCGACAGAAGGAAGCAGAAGUCAAGAAACAGAGGAAGGUCCGGAGGGACAUGCUGACGUCACCGGUUGUCCCUGAAAGGGGCCGUUCACGCUCGAGAGAGGCCUUUCCUCAGGCAGCCCGGUCUGGCAGCAGAGGCAGGAGUUUAUCUGUAGAGCGGAGGAGGAGCAGGAACUCGUCUGAAAGCUCAUUGGUAGACAUGGACGAAAUGGCCAAAACUCUGUUCAGAGGAAGAAAACAGACUUACAACGGCCCGACAGUGUCUAGGGGAAGCCUUGUGACCCGGAAGCCAUUAUGCAGCACGCCCACACAUAGGAUGAAGUCAGACAGAGAAAGCUCCAUAGACACAGGUGCUGAGCUGUCUGAGAUCGAUGCCAGGCUGCAGGCGCUUCAGGACUAUAUGAGGGACCUGGACACAGGACACUGACAGCACAACACUGGAACUGGGAUCAUUGUUCUGAAAUCGCACAAUAUCAGUGCUCAAGCCAGAGCCGUGGAUUUCUUUUACUAUGCACAGACUAACGAAGGCCCAUAUCAUGACUCACACAUGAUUGAUGGGUUCAGAGACACAUGUCCAUAUAAGUGGCUUGAACUCCCCCUGGACCUCUGCUGUCUGGAAAACGGUACAGUAGCUACCACUGUGAAGCUCUUUGAGCUAAUUUCUGUGGACUGCUUACAAUGAUUUUUUUUUUAUGCCAAGGUUUUAUUAAUUUAAAAGAUUAUUUUGUCUGCUGAGUGUAGCAUUCCCUGUUCCUUUAUACCAUGUCAACCUCACCAAACUGUGGUGGAUAUCUGGUUGUAAAGUUUCACAGUACCUGAGUGUUGACAGAAACUUGUAAAUCAAAUUUUAUUUUAAACCUUUGCCAGUUUCUGUUUUUUUUUCUUGUCUUUUUAUACCUAUAAAUGGCACUACGAGUCCC